AUGAGGAGUCAUUGGCUUGCUGUUCAUGGUGUUGCUGCGAAAGCCGGGGUCGAUUGGAAGGCGGUGGAGCUGCAGACCUUCUUUAGGGGUAAUCUUUUAAAGUAUUUUACGAACGGAGCAGUGAGUGAUGUUGAACCUAAGUGUAACAUCGCUUCUAGUAUGGUUGAUAUUAUGAAUGUUGAGUACGACAUAGUAGUCCCGGAGAAUGUCGUCCCUUAUGCAACACCUCCAUCAACAAUAGAUACAUCCGACUCAGCACUUCUACAUCACUUCAUAACAAACACAGCGUCCACCCUCUCGACCACCCCAGCGAUGCAAUCUCUGUGGGAGAACCACAUUCCGCUCCUUGCAAAAACUAAUUUCUUCCUUCAUCUUGGCAUUCUUGCCUGCUCCGCUCUCCAUCUCGCCUACCUCACCCCAACUCACCAUUAA